UUUCUUCAAUGACCCUACCCACAUGGACGUCACCCUUGUCUUUGGUGAUACAGAUCGCCCUAUCCGUCGCCGCGUCCACAAGGUCCUGUUCGCAGCCAGAUCCAAGUACUUCAACAAGCUCUCCAAGGUAGGCCAAGAUUUUUUUACACGCGUCAAAUGCCAUUCUCAUCAUAUUGCCAGAAAACAANCCGACGAUACCUGGAAGCUUGAGGUUGGUGNNGGCUGCAACAGUGUCGAGGCCAUGACCCGUCACGUCUACGGCCUGCCUUUCAACGAGGCCCCUGAUGAGUCCGGUAACCUCAAGGAGCACGAUUGCACCGAAUUCCUUCUCGACGUGUACCAUGCCGCAGACCACUAUCAGCUCGAAGAUCUCCGCGAUGAGAGCGCCACUCUCUGGUGGGGUUGCGAGUGCAAGUUCCGUCGUUUCGCAGAAAAAUUUGACAAAUACCCUGAACACGAAGCUACCUUUGAGAAUAAGCCUGUCCGCGGCUUCAUUGCCUUCUUCAUCAAUCACUUCAAGCAGCUGCGCGAACAGAAGGACUUCCGUGAGGCUGUUCUCGACCGCAUGUCUCCUGGUGACGUGUACUUCGAGCACUUUGGUAUCUCAAAGUUCGACAAGAACCGUGGUGUGUCGGUGUGCUCAUCCUGUGUCGAGAAGAAGGGCAAGGGCUACAACUUUUGCUUGGGUUGUGAGAACGAUGAGGAGGAUGACACCAGCAAG